AUGGCUUCAUCGGACGGGAUGGAGGAAGAUUGCAUGCUGCAGCGGGGGAGAUCUCAAAGUGACCCGAGCAACAUCACUGAGGUGCGCUUGGGGGAACACAGAUCAGAAAAGAACGACCAGAGUGAACAGGAGGAGAGGAGAGAGAUCAAACAACGGCUCAACAGAAAGCUGAACCAGCGACCCACUGUGGACGAGCUCCGGGACCGCAAGAUCCUGAUCCGCUUCAGCGACUACGUGGAGGUGGCCAAAGCCCAGGACUACGACAGGAGGGCCGACAAACCCUGGACCCGCCUCUCCGCCUCCGACAAGGCAGCAAUACGGAAAGAACUGAACGAGUUCAAGAGCAACGAGAUGGAAGUCCAUACCUCAAGCAAGCACCUGACCAGGUUCCACCGGCCUUAGCCAGGUCUCUUCUGUGAAGAGUUGCUGGUUCUUGGUUCUGUUCAGUUGCGACCUUGCAUGGAGUCUUCCACGGGCCCCGCCGGCCCUCAGCCAGGGGCCCUCCUGAUGUUCGGGUGCAAUGCACCUUGGAGGCUAUGUCUCUCUAGUGAGUUGGAGCAGCU